AUGGCGGAGGGAGGUUUUGUUUCUUGGGAUCUGUGGGGUUCCCAGUGCGGUGCCAUUUCGGGCGAGGGGAGACGUGCGAUGUUUCAAAAUGUUACAGAAGCAAAAAAGUUUAUUGGUAAAUCCCUUCAGCCAGCACGACCUGCACAUCAACUGUCUUCUAAACAAGCAUCACCCAUUGCUUUAAACAUUCGGACUGAAUUACCCAGCAGCACUGAAGUAUGUUUGCAGAGUAAGGUUAACUGGUCAUCUGAAAUGACUGAAGUGAAGAUCUUAACUCAAACUGUGAUGCUCUGUCAACCAAAACAACAUGAAUCAGGAGCAAAAAAAGAAAGGAUCCAAUACAGCAGAGAUUUCCUUCUGAAGCUUUCAAAUGUUUCUCUCUCUCAGAAGAAACCAGAGUUUCUUCCUGAUCACCCAAUUGUACUUGAAAAGCCAGUAAAGAACAAACCUUUCAUUGACAUCUGUAAGAAGUGA